GUGAAUCUUAACUCUGCCCCGAUCCCACCUGUUUCACCGGGUACCCGCCGAAGAAAGCAACAGUGAAUCGAACCUGGCCGAACACAAGGCCGUUGGACACCGGUGUUUGUCGCAAUUGUCGCAACUGAUAGAGUGGGACUCGAACAACGCACUCGAAGUAUCGGUGCACAAACAGAACGCUUUCAUAAUGUCUGCUCACCAGGUGAGGGACAAAGCGUCGGCCGAUGGGCCGGAUGAGUCGGGCCCGAGCAAGGCCCGGAAGGCAUGCGUCAAUUGUAGAAGGCAAAAGAUGAAAUGUAGAAUUGAGAACGGGGCCACAUGUCGAAGAUGCCUCCGCGCGGGAGUGCCGUGCGUGUUCGUGCCCAGAGCCAACUCCGCGUCUCAUCGUGAAAGUCUCUCGCUGGCUUCAUUGAUCCAGGCAAAUGAGCAUGCUCCAGCACUAAACAAAUCCGUGUUUCUUCGAUUGAAGCGGCUCGAAGACCACUUGGGUCUGCCGCUCCUUGCCAACUUGGAAGAAGCAGACUCACCCGCGUCCCCGGAUGUGCCAACAUUCGAACCCGACACUCCCGGGGAAACAUCGCUUGGUGCCCUCUGGAGCGCUGUAUCUGUAUUACGAAGAACAUGUUCAUCGAACGCAGGCUCAAAUAUUUGGGACAAGUCCCUCAUCAAAAGACUAUGGUUAUCCUUCCACGAGACCAUGCCAGGUCUUCACUUUCUCCCAACCAAACAGACCUUCUCAUCGCCGAGGCCACUCAUGCUAGCUUCAAUGUUGUACUGCUCAAGUAUACGGGGCUUGCCAGAAGUCGCAGUCCUGGCUCCAGACUACUUCAAUGUCUUGUGCAGUGCCAUCUCGCAGCUGUGCAUACCACAGAGCGAAGUCGGCCAAGCCCCGGAUGACCCAGCUUCAGCUGAAGAAUGGGCCUUUCAAACGGUUCUGGGCAUCAUACUCGCCGGACUGCUACGAGAAGCCGUCGUUAAAGAGACGGGGGUCUGGAUUUCUCUCGCUUACCGCCUCAUCCUCGAGCAUUGCCCCUCCAACACCGAUGAGCGAUCCCGCGAGUGGCAACGCCUGUUCUCUGGCCUUCAGAUCGUCGACCUCGAGCACGCUUCAAUACACCUCUCCUGUCCAGUUAUACCAAUCGAGGCGCCCCUCCCACGACUCAAGAUCCCAAUACAGGACCAACUCUAUCGGCUCUCGAGAAUGAUGCACACCGGCCUGACUCACUUCACAGGCAGAGGUCUGCCAACAAUAUGGUCCUGUUUCGAGAGCGAGCCCAACGUGUCACAAAUAUCUUCCGUUCAGUUCAGCGGUGUCGACGGCGCCGUCAUCCGCGACUGGGCAAGGCAGCUGGAUGACUGGCUCGUCGAGUUCAGUGACAAGGACUUUGAGUCGGAGCACGAGAAGAAGCUUGUAUUCAGGCAGUAUAUCCUGCACAGGCUGCUCGUUUUGUCCAUCUACCACCCUGCUCGAGGCUGCAACCUGUUUUCGAACACGACGCCGAAAGAGCAGCAUGAGCUGCUUGUGUCGGCAAGAGCGGCAGUGAAGCUCCAAAUUCUAGAUGCCUCGAUAUGGUCGAACUGGGAUCUCGUUAUGAUCACCUGGGCUGCUCUUAUCGUACUUCAAGGGGUAGAUGGCGGAGUAGGAGAGCCAGACGGUGAGUUGAUGCCCACCUCGUGAUCGA